GGUCGCAGACACUUUUGCCGCGUUCAUGUACCAGUUGGAACUCAGACAUUUCCGACUAGCUAUAAGUGUUUGUAAUAUAGUUAUACACGUGCCGCGUUCAACGAAUCAGGAAGUGCAAUAUUUCCGAGUGUCCUUGUUCCAACUAGGAUUGAACGCGGCAACUGUACAGGCAAAAUGACAACAUUACGAGCUUUCACAUGCGAUGAUUUGUUCAAAUUCAACAACAUCAACCUGGAUCCAUUGACAGAGACGUACGGAAUCCCAUUUUACCUACAGUACCUGGCCCACUGGCCAGAGUACUUCAUUGUUGCAGAGGCCCCUGGUGGUGAAUUGAUGGGUUACAUCAUGGGAAAGGCAGAGGGAUCAGUGGCUCGAGAAGAGUGGCAUGGCCACGUCACAGCUCUCUCUGUGGCCCCAGAGUUCAGACGACUGGGACUGGCAGCCAAGCUUAUGGAGAUGCUGGAGGAGAUCUCAGAAAGGAAGGGUGGGUUCUUUGUUGAUCUGUUUGUGCGAGUCUCCAAUCAAGUGGCGGUGAACAUGUACAAACAGCUAGGCUACAGCGUUUACAGGACCGUGAUAGAGUACUAUUCUGCUAGCAAUGGAGAACCGGAUGAAGACGCCUAUGAUAUGAGGAAAGCCUUGUCGAGAGACACCGAGAGGAAGUCCAUCAUUCCUAUACCACAUCCUGUCAGACCAGAAGAUAUAGAAUAACAGUAGACGGUGGCUCUGACACUUUUGAAAACAAAUACAUGUAUAUUUCUUGGUUUUCACUAGUUACCACAGCCACAAAGUCAAAAUUGGCUAUGGUAAAAAUUAAUGACAAACAUUUGCAUUUAAUUUAAGGUUAUGGUUAGGCAUAAGGGCAGUGUGUUGAGGGUUAAGAAAUGGUAAAAAUUAGUAGGGUUUAUGAUUCUGGUUGUGAUAACGACCAUAUUUCCACAUAGUCUACAUUAGAAAAUUACGUGUGAAAAGUGUUAUUAGGACAAGUUAUAUUUUUAGGGUGUGAUGUGUGAAAGCUUAGAGAAUAUCAUUGUACAUAAUAUUGACAGAUCUAAUAAGUUAUCCUUUGUGAAACUAGGAUUUUUGAUGACAGUGAAUCAGUCACUGUUUGGUGUGAAAUUUGAAAUGCAAUAUAGAAUUGAAAGGACUUUAAUCCACAUUCAAUAAAGUAUUACUUACAUGACUCACCCAGGUAAUGAUACUGUAUCUGCUGCUUUGUUACAGCAGUCAGUUCUAUGGUUAAAAUGUCCAAAUAAAUCAAAAGUUGGA